CAUCCGUGUUCGGGCGGGACAAGGAAAAAAUCGAAGAACGUGUUGUGUAUUUAAAACACAGACCUGCCUGCGCCUUCAUUAUCAUAUCUUAAGUUUGCACGGUAACAUGCCAGAAAAAUACCAGUUGCACCAAGCUGACCAUCAAAAUGGCUGAAGUCCCGGAACUAGACUUACACUUACUGGAGUGUCCAAUCUGUCUGGAGCGACUUCGGCAUCCUAAAACCUUACCCUGUCUCCACUCCCUCUGUCAGGAUUGCCUCGGGACCUACAUCACUAAGGAGUUGUCUGGUAAGAUGGCUUCGGCGACAUCCUUUCCGUGUCCAAUUUGUAGAGGGAUGGCCACGCCUGUCAAUCAAGCGGACACCAAGGAAAACUGGGCUAAACAGUUUCCAACUAAUGGUAUGAUCCAAGAACUUAUCAAGCUUAAGGAACAGUCGUCUGGACCACUGUAUUGCACACCAUGUCAAACAAAAGGAAAUCUGUCCAAUCCUGCCAAGUUCUGGUGCAAGAAAAUUGAAUCUGGUUUCUGUGAGACUUGUAAAGUUGACCACCACGAUAUCGUACAUAUUGGAUGUGAUAUAUUAGAUAUUACCAGGCACGACAGCAAUAGACCAAAACAGAACCCAGGUGUGCCUCACUGUGACCAACACGACGAGAAUAUGGUUUGGUACUGUGAGGAUCACAAGCUUCUCGGUUGUAACAUAUGCGUUUUAAAAGACCACAGACGUUGUGAAGCAGUGACAACAGCGACGGAAUACAUUCUGAAGCUAAAAGCAGGAUCACAACUGACAGAUAUGCAGGCACAACUGAAGAAAGAAGCAGAGGUCAUGAACUCUUUAGUGAAGGACUUCGACGAACAGCUCCGAGUCAUGGUAAAGAACCAGGAAAUCGCUCUACAGAGUAUUACAGAUCUACGCCAUAGGGUCAGCAAACGGCUUGACGAGCUUCAGAAGGACUACACAGACAACUUAAUAACGUUGUUCAAAGACGAAAAGGGGAAAUUAGACGACUCCUUACGGCAAUGCGAACGUCUGAAGAACAGUAUGCUUAAUACCCUUAAGUCGUCCAUCAAAGCUACAAACGGAAACGAUACCACUGAAACGAUAGUGUUGUAUCAGAGAGGACUGGCGGAAGUGGAGUCGUGUAAGGCCCUGGUCAUGGAUUUGAACGAAUCUUUCGCGUCCGUCAAUAUUCAGCAUCAGACCGAACCAGGACUUGCAACCUUUGGUAAUGACGUCAUUGGGGAUAUCGUCAUUAAGAAACCACCACGACGUUUUCCUGAGAGUUUUGGUUACCUACCUUCACAAAUGUCCGAGCGUCGCGUGAGAGAAGUACAACAGUUUGAUAUAAAAACUACAUCAGAUGAGGACGAUUGUGAUGCAGCUGGCGUUGUGUACCUUCCGUAUAAUCAAAUAAUAAUAAGUGAUCUCAAAAACGAAAAGCUGAAGCUGUUUACAGAUAAAGGACAGUACCUUGAUGAGUUGACCAUUAAAGGCACUCCUUGGGAUAUGUGUUUUGUGGACGACAAGACAGUGGCUGUAGCAGUUAGCAAUCCUGGUGGUGUCCAUGUCGUGAAAGUCGAAAACGCAAAACUAUCACUUUUUUCCGAGAUCUGUUUGGCAGAUGAUAAAGGCUGCCAGGGUAUAACCCAUAUCAGCGGAAGAUUUGUCGUUUCUACGUACACAGAAGAAGCUGACACAGAGGAAGCGGACACAGUAGAAGCUGAAGUGGACAGUGUGACAGAGGACGGCACAGAGCUGUACAGUGUGACACAGGACGGCAACGCUAACCUGUUACAUCAGUAUAGUGGCAAGUGUUAUUUCGUCUCACAUGACCCAAUAAAUGAAGACAUACUGGUCAGUUGUCACACUUACACUGAGGAUGAACCUGUGCUUUACAGACUGUCGGCUGACAAACAUAGCAAGAAUAUGAUGAAAGUCGGUCUCGUGAGUAAUGCUGCUGGCCUAAGCGUUGAUAGAGAGGGCAACGUCUACUUGUGUGGUUAUGGUACAAGCAACAUCGUGCAGAUGUCUAGAGACGGGAAACACGUCAGGGAACUGCUGACGUCAUCUGACGGAAUAAACCGUCCAUUUGCAAUAGCUGUUUGUGGUGACAUGUUUGUACUCACUAAGGAAGAUACUAAUUACGUCCGUUUGUUUCAGCUUUAUUAAGCUAACUACAACUCGUCUCAUUUAUGUACAGAUAUAUUCACGUAUCAGUAAUAUUAUGAAACUAUUCACGAUGAAACACUAUAUCAAAACCCAGGGCUUCUCGUUGAUUUUAUAAACAUAUUUUAUUGCCGAUAUAAUUAGUACAUGUAAUGGGAUUGGACACAAGUUGAACAACUUAUACGAAGCCAUUUCCCUACAAUUUUACUUUUAUUUUUAACAACAUUUCAAGAUGGCAAAACUACAUAUGAUUAACUACGUAUUAUAUAAUAGAUCCACUCAUGAACUGUUCCUUCGAGGAUUUAACCACCAGUCGCUCACACACGCACCCACAUAAGUGUGGACAUGAGAGAGAGAGAGAGAGAGAGAGAUUGGUCAGCUUUUCCUAUAUGUCACAAUCAAGAAGCUAACCGCGAGCAUAAUAUUUUGUUAUGACAUAUUUUAAGGGAUGCGGAGAAGCUACGUGCGUCGAGUACGGAACCAAUUAAUUUCGAAGAUGAUUCUGUAUUUAAAUUCCAGUAGAGUGACACGUUACCAAGGAUAGACUGUUCUGUUGUUUACCGUAUCAAUGGUUGGAAUAAUGUACGUAAAACCUAUAUUGAAGACUUUGUGAAUAUAUAGUGUUUUUAUCUAUAAACACCAGGCAUUAUGUGCUUAUAUAAUGAUUACAAAACAUUUUUUCAGUAUGGUUAAAUCAAAACUUCUUGCUAUGAACUUGUACACGGUUGUCACUUAAUUUCUUUGCUUGGUAUGUUUUGUACUAAUAUCCAGAAAUUGUAUAAUAUUGUCUUUGUUUGAAAUUUUGAUUACAUAAUACUAAAGCUGUUUGAAAAAUCACAUCUUGUACUGUAUCAGGUAAAUAAACAAAAAUCAUUUGUACAUCAUUUAUGCUUUGCUUUACAAGUACAUUUACUCUUAAUUGAUACUUUUGUAUUUUGUUUUGAACAUACGGUCAUCAGGUGAUUGGCUGUUUAAAUCGCGUAGUCCAUUCUUCGUGUCGCCUUUUCUC